AUGCUGGGUACGAAUCAUCGAACAAUUCAACUAUGGUUGAUAUCUAUAUUGGUAUUGAUUCAAGGGAUAAUUGUCCAUGCAACGGAUCCUACGAUAACACAUAAAGUCUAUUUUGAUAUAAAACAUGGUGAUAAGAACAUUGGUAGAAUCAGUGUUGGUCUUUACGGGCUAGUAGUGCCUCAAACGGUUGAGAAUUUCUUUGAAUUGACUAUCUCUAGUAGUCCAGCAAUGGGAUACGUAAACUCCGUAUUCCAUCGUGUCAUUCCAGAUUUCAUGAUUCAAGGUGGUGACUUCACGAAUGGUGAUGGUACUGGUGGUAAGUCUAUAUAUGGAGACACCUUCAAGGAUGAGAGUUUCGAGAUCAGCCACGAUAAACCAGGCUUGCUCUCCAUGGCAAACCGUGGUAAAGAUACUAAUGGUUCUCAAUUUUUUAUUACUUUGAAAGCUACUAAAUGGCUCGAUGGGAAACACGUCGUCUUCGGCGAGGUCAUUGGUGGUAUGGAUGUCGUGCAAUACAUCGGCAACAUCAAGGUUAAUUACAGAGAUAGACCUCUCGAGGAUAUCCGUAUUGUCGAUUGUGGUGAGUUAGAGACAGUGCCAUUAAAUAACCACCAAGCCGCGCAAUUGCAGGACGAAUUAGAGAAGGAAGCCAUGGAGAACCAAGAACAAUCAAAGCACGACGAGUUAUAA